UUGAACAUUUAGAAGUAAACAUUUAGAAGUAAAUAUUAAAAAUUAAAGUUAGUAAAUUAUUUUUAUUUUACGAAAAUUUCACGCUUAAAAUGAAUCAUUUUUCAAGAAACCAAAUUUCUACGCAAAGGAUUGCGGAAGAUUCUAUUGGGCAUAGCUUCAAUAGUUUAUUCGGACAUUAUUUAACGUCUGAAGUGCAAGCAAUUGGUGUCGAUGAACCCUAUCUUAUCAGAAAAGACGAGGUACUGAAUUUAUUGGUUUUUACCGAAUUGGUAGUAAAACGUUGCCGUAACUUGGAAUAUUUUCAAGUCGCCACCAAGUCUUAUGGCCUUAAUGACUUUUGGUAUGCAUUGAAAAGAGAUUUAGAGCAAAGGGGAAUAGAAUUGAACAUUGUGGUUACGGCAACUGUAACGGUACCAAAAAUUGUCUUAAGCAAUGGCUUCAUAUUUGAAAUCAGCUUGGGUUUGCAUUUUUUCAAGGCCCCCAAUCCAACUUACUCGUUAGGCAUGCGCGAUUAUUAUUUUCGCAAAUGUAAGCAGACGGAUGUUACUAUUUAUCGCCAAAUAAAAACCUCACCGUGUAAAUCUUCCAGUAGUAAUUGCUGCGAAUAGUGGAAAGUUGCUCAAAAUAUUUUUCUUUGAUCAAAAGUAUCAACAGUAGAAAAAUAGAAAAGAGAAAUUUUUAAUAAAUGUUGUUGUUUUUAAGAAUUUAAA